CAUUAUUUUCGGCUCGGACCAGGAAGUGAGGCAAGUGAUGCGCGCGGUGAGGCGUGCGAAUGCAACAGGCGCCUUCUCCUGGAUUGGCUCCGAUGGAUGGAGUGCACGAAAUCUCGUCUCGGAUGACUAUGAGCCAGAGGUGGAGGGCACAUUGUCCGUGCAGCCGCAGGCUAAUCCCGUGCGCGGAUUCGAGGAAUAUUUUCUCAACCUGACCGUGGAGAAUAACCAGCGCAAUCCCUGGUUCGUCGAGUUCUGGGAGGACCACUUCCAAUGCCGCUACCCGGGCAGCACCAGCACACCCUACAACAACUACACGCGCACCUGCACCACCAAGGAGCGUCUCUCACGGCAGAAUACCGACUUUGAGGAUCAGUUGCAGUUCGUUAGCGAUGCGGUAAUGGCAUUUGCCUAUGCCUUGAGGGAUAUGCAUCGUGACUUGUGCGGCGGUCGGCCCUCGCUCUGCGAUGCCAUGAAGCCAACGAAGGGCGCGGAUUUGCUCAAAUAUUUGCGUAAAGUCCAAUUCAAAGGCCUCAGCGGCGAUGAUUUUCGCUUUGACGGCAACGGCGACGGUCCAGCUCGCUAUAACAUCAUCCACUUCAAGCAGUCGGUGGCGGGUCAGUAUCGCUGGGUCAAGGUGGGCGAGUACUACGAGGGCGAGCUGCGCCUGAAUAUGUCCGAAGUAAAAUUCAAGCUGCAGCAUCCGAAACCACCGGAAUCCGUUUGCAGUCUGCCCUGCGAACGGGGCCAGGCCAAGAGAUAUGUCGAGGGCGAGAGCUGCUGCUGGCACUGCUUCAACUGCACGACCUAUCAAAUUCGCCAUCCCGAUGACGAAACGCAGUGUGUGCUCUGCUUUUUUUGCACGCUACCCGAUACGCACAAGGAGUAUUGCCGACCCAUUCCGGAGGUCUAUUUGCGACCCGAGUCCGCUUGGGCCAUUGGCGCCAUGGCCUUCAGUGCGACUGGCAUAUUGAUAACGCUUUUUGUGGUGGGCGUGUUUGUCAGGCACAACGACACGCCCAUUGUGCGCGCCUCGGGUCGUGAGCUGAGCUACAUUCUUCUGGCUGGCAUAUUUAUGUGCUACGGCGUAACCUUUGCCCUCGUCCUCAAGCCAACCAACAUUGUCUGCGCCAUUCAACGGUUCGCAGUGGGCUUCUGCUUCACGGUCGUCUAUGCCGCAUUGCUGACCAAAACGAAUCGCAUAGCACGCAUCUUCAAGGCUGGCAAACAGUCGGCCAAACGGCCCUCGUUCAUUAGCCCCAAAUCGCAGCUGGUGAUUUGCACGUGUUUCAUCAGCGUCCAGAUACUCAUUAAUGGUGUUUGGAUGGUAAUUGCCCCGUCUCAUGCCAUACAUCAUUAUCCGGUGCGCGAGGAUAAUCUGCUGGUGUGCGACUCGUACAUCGACGCCUCCUAUAUGAUUGCGUUCUCCUAUCCCAUCGUCCUGAUUGUGGUCUGCACUGUCUAUGCGGUGCUCACCCGCAAGAUACCCGAGGCAUUCAACGAAUCAAAGCAUAUCGGCUUCACCAUGUACACCACCUGCGUCAUUUGGCUGGCCUUUGUGCCGCUCUACUUCGGCACCGCCAACCACGUGCCGCUCCGCAUAACGAGCAUGUCAGUGACCAUUAGCCUGUCUGCCAGCGUGACGAUUGCGUGUCUGUUCUCGCCCAAGCUCUACAUAAUUCUGAUUCGACCGGAGCGAAAUGUGCGCCAGAGCAUGAUGCCGCCGCGAUAUGGCAACAUGCACCGCACAGCCGGCACUGGGCCAUCCUCGAUGAUGGCUGCGGCAGUCGUGACGGCGGCCACCUGUGCGCAGGAGGAGAAGAUACAGAAACAUAUCACGCCCACGGAGACAGAGCACUCGAUUAAGGCCAAGAAGCUGUGCGAAAUGGCCACACAAACAAUCGCCUUGUCUAGCAUAUUUGCAUCCUUGGACUGCAAUGCCUACAAUCAAAUACCGUAUGCGGAUCAAUAUGUGCCAACAAAUACGGACACGCCCACUGCCAAUGGCAAUGACCAUGGCAAUGGGAAUAUCAAUGGCAUUAAUGCAAGCGACGAGCAAGUCGUGGCCAACAACAACAAAAUCAAUCAGCAACAGCACGGCCAGCCGAAUGCAAUUGUUGCCAACACUGGUCCAGUGGCGACAGCAAUUGCGACGGCAACAGCAACGGCAAUAACAACAACUGCAGCAGCGACGGCAGCAGCAGAAUCACCAGCAAUACCAGCAGCAGCAAUGACAGCAACAGCAACAAUUGCUAUGGGCGCCUCGGAUGCGACAGCCACAAUGGAAGCUGCGUCCAAUGGCAGUAGACGAGCGCCCGUGCUGCAGACCAACUUAUAGCUAAACGCACAGCAAUUGCAACAGCAACUGCUAAAGGAGCAGCAGCGCCAACAGCAGCAGCAGCAACAGCCGCAGCAGCAGCCGGAUCAGCCGCAACUGGCGACCAGUGAAAGCAGCGAUGUUGCUAGCAUUGGCAGCGGCAGCGGAAGUGCCACAACCACGAUUGGAAACGCAAACAGCAAGAAACGUGCUGCGAUCCCAGUAUAGACACUUGAACGUGAUGAUACCGUUAGACGAGUACAAGCGUAACAGAUUUUUGAAAAAUAAGAUCAACAAAUUAUGAAUACAAAUUGAAAAAUAAGAUCAACAAAUUAUGAAUACAAAAUGGAAAAUAAGAUCAAGAACAAAUAAGCGAACACAAAUGAAGCGAGAUGUGGAAGGUAUAA